ACAAACGCGUCCCUCGUUCCCCUAUAAUUUUAAAAAAGCAACAAACGAAAAACCAAUUCUCAAAUCUCCAUUUUCAACUGUGUAACCAAAGAAAAGAGAAAAGCAAAAAAACACACUCUCUGUGAUUCACACUAAGUAUCAAUGUAUCAAGAUCGGCAAGGCGUUGUAGGAGGCGGAGGCGGUGGCGGAUCUGCGCCACACGGAAUCAUACUCGCCGUCGUUGUUGCAUUGGUAGUGCUUGUUCCCUUCUUCAUCGGAGACGGUGGUGAAGCCAUUACAGAUGCGAUCGCAGAGCUUCUUAGUCCGGUGGGACUUCUCUUACUUCCCAUCAUCCUCCUCCUCACUAUCCAGUUCCUCUCGUCGGAACGUGGUUCCUUCGUAUCGGCCAUUUUCUCCACCGGAGAACCCGAAUCGAUUCACCGGGUUAGCGGAUCUCCCGUCGGUGUCGCUUUGUUCCUCGUACUGAUCUUGUUCUUACUCUACUACCGCUUCUCCAUCUUCGGCGGAGAUGAUGGUUCCGAUGACUGAUGCGACGUCGUAUUUUCAGAUCUAGUUUUUUCCCUCUUUUUCUUUUUUGGGAGAUAACAAUAUAUAUAUAUUUAUGUCUUUCUUUAUUCGAUUUUUUGUUUUGGUUUUUCCUUUUAUUUUAUUUUGUGACAGUUGAAGUCAAACUAUAAAUUACGUAAACAUGUGAUUACGAUUAAUUAAUCCCAAAAUUUUAAUUA